ACCUAUCAGUGAUGGCUGAAGGUCCAACAGAAGACCCUACAUUGCUGAAAAAGUUGGAAGGGGUCAAGAUAUCCGACGAGCCAGCGAUGGAAGCGGCAGGUCCAUCAAAAGUUAAAGAGCCGACAGAAGUAAAGCUUCAGGAAGAGUCACCGAUAGAAUUCAAGUUUCCAAGAGAGUUAAACAACGUCCUUGUCGACACACGGAGACUGCAUUUAUUUGAUAGGUAUGACUGGUAUAGGUAUCACAAUCGGCAUGGAAAUAUCGAUCGCAACCUAAAGCUUGAACAACAAACUACCGAGAUCUCUGUCAUCAAAUAUGGAAACGAGGUUCCUGUGUCUUUGUCUUGGACUAUCGAUGGCGAUGGAACUUGGAUAGUACUUAAACGCGGAUUACCACUAAAUCUUCAAGAAAUGAUCUCUGCACUGGUUCCACUGUGUCAUGAAGUGGAACAUAUUACCAUUGGCUAUCACCAAGAUCUGUACAUCCAUGCGCACGGAACAAUUAAGCCUCUCAUUCCAAUGAGGUCUAACAUCACCGUUUGCCUUUACUUAAGAUACACGAAUGCAUCUCUCCAAGUUAUCUUGCAGACUAUCGGUAAUUGCUUUCCAAACGCAAAGAAUCUGGAGCUGACUUCUCUGUAUCAGGAAUUUUCACGCACUCACGGAUACCAUUCCGAUACCACGCAGAGUUCCUUGAGAAAGUUGAAAUUAGAUUUCUGUAACUUAUCUGACUGCGGUAACCUGGACAACCUAUUUCUAUCCAUUUCCUCUUCCUGUCAAAAUAUUGAAUCACUCACCGUCACAAGUUCUGAAACCCUUAAAUGGGACAAGUCAAGCAGAGACAUUACAACAUGUAAUUUACCUUAUCUGACUGAUAUCCAUCUUGAAUCUCGUUGGCCUGAAGAGCACUAUGCACUCCAAGUGAUAACAUACUUACUACACGUAGGUCGUAUGAUGAGUCCUCUUUUGAGGUUUACCAAAGUAGAAAGUGUACAGCUAGGAAAUGUCGUAGUGAAGAGUGUUGAAUGGUCACGAACAUCUUCAGAUUGUGGGUUGGAAAUUAAAGGUGCAUCAGCGGCUGUACCCAUAACUGCUUUAAUUGAUCUAACAACUGGUGACCUUAAAGACAUCACCGUCCUUACCUUCGUCAGUUGCAAGACUGAUUUCGGUCAGUCUGAAAGUAAGUCCCCGCAAAGCCAGAAGGAACUUGGUGCGCUGCAAGAAAUCAGGUUCUUUGGUUUAGAAAACGCACUUUCAGAAUUUGGCAGGAACAAACUUUCAAAGUUGUAUCCUAAUGUCAAAGUGACAGAAAAACACGGUAAGUCGAUAUUGCUUUUUCUUCUUGAUAAUUAUUACAUAAAUGGUGAUUAAUGAAUGAAAAACAACAGUUACACGGCAAUUCAUUAUAAAAAAAAAAAAAACUCAAAUGCGUUAACAGACAAAAUUACCUCGGUUAGAAUUAACAU